CAUGCGCUUUGCAACUGCUCCUCCUCACACGUGUGCCGGCUCUUCAGGUCGGGGGGCACCAUGCCGAAAGUGAAGCGCUCGAGGGGCUCCGGCGGGGCGGCGAAGGCGGCGUCCGUUCCGCUGGCCGAGCAGAUCCUCCAGGGCGACUCCGUGAAGCCCGUGACGAGGGUGAAGCUCCGGGGCAAAGCGGGGAAGCAUGGCGGCGAGGGCGAGGACGAGUACGUGGACGAGAAGCUCUCCCGGAGGAUCCUGGAACAGGCUCGGAUCCAGCAAGAGGAGCUGGAGGCCGAGCACGGCGCCGCGGGCGGAGGCGAGCCCGAGAAGGCGAAGACCACCGUCCUGGGACCUGCCUCAAAGGACAGAGAUUCAGAUACAGAUGAUGAUGAGUGGCCAACACUGGAGCAAGCUGCAGCCAUGGGAAAGGGAGAGUACUGUGAUGAGGUAACUGUGAAUCCAGAGGAUGAAAAAGCCAUUGAGAUGUUCAUGAACAAGAAUCCACCACUGAGGCGCACCUUGGCAGACAUUAUCAUGGAGAAGAUCACUGAGAAGCAGACAGAGGUGGAAACUGUGAUGUCCGAAAUAUCUGGUCGGCCCAUGCCACAGCUUAAUCCCCGUGUCCUGGAAGUCUACAAGGGUGUCAAAGAAGUGCUGUCAAAAUAUAGGAGUGGGAAACUGCCUAAAGCAUUCAAGAUCAUCCCAGCCUUGUCCAACUGGGAGCAGAUCCUGUAUAUAACAGAGCCUGAAACGUGGACAGCAGCUGCCAUGUACCAGGCAACAAGGAUCUUUUCCUCUAACCUCAAAGAGAGGAUGGCCCAGAGGUUCUACAAUCUGGUGCUUCUCCCGCGAGUCAGAGAUGACAUUGCUGAAUAUAAGCGCCUCAACUUCCAUCUUUACAUGGCGUUGAAGAAGGCCUUGUUCAAACCUGGAGCCUGGUUCAAAGGGAUCCUCCUCCCCAUAUGUGAGUCAGGAACGUGCACACUGCGAGAAGCCAUCAUUGUGGGCAGCAUCCUCACCAAGUGCUCCAUCCCUGUCCUUCACUCCGGGGCCGCUAUGCUAAAGAUUGCUGAGAUGGAGUACAGUGGCGCCAACAGCAUCUUUCUCCGCCUGCUCAUUGACAAGAAGUACGCCUUGCCUUUCCGCGUGGUGGAUGCCCUGGUCUUUCACUUCCUCGCCUUCCGGACGGACCGACGCACCCUGCCUGUCCUCUGGCACCAGUGCCUCCUGACCUUUGCCCAGCGAUACAAAGAGGACCUGUCCUCAGAGCAGAAAGAAGCCCUCUUAGAGCUGCUCAAGUUUCACAGCCACCCCCAGAUCUCUCCAGAGAUCCGCAGGGAGCUAGUGAACUCCAAGUGCCGGGAUGUGGAGGGGAUGCAGCCAGUGGCAAUGGAGUGAACGGAGGAUGGGAAGGGGGACUCCACAGAUUGUGAUCACAGCAGAACUUCUGAGUCAAAGGCAGCUGCUGGUUUGAACUUGAAGCUACAGCACGCUGUCGAACAAAUAGGGUUUGUACCCUCACUGCUUUGAUCCACAGAAGCCUUAUUUAUGCAGGGUUGAAAGUAUUUGUAAGCCCUCUGCCCCCUUUUGACUCGACAUGCAUUCAUGGUGAUUAGAAACCAGCAUCCCUCCCGUGAGAAAUGGGUCCCCCUUUUUGCGAUAGAGCUGCUGUUAAAGGGCUGCAGUGACUACUUGCCCCUUUUGAGGUCCUGGUGGAUGCAAGUUACUGAUCAACAGCAGGGAGAUAAACUGUUGAGCUGCAGAUUAGUAAGGGAGGAAAGAGCAUCUACCAACUGCAGGAGGUUGUAAUUGCUCUGUAGGAUCUGGCCUCCAAUGGAAGUAUUGGUAGCCAAGAAUCUUACCCUUUUACAGCAGGGGGGAUCAGUCUUGGUGGCCCGUGAGCUGUAUCCAGCCUUUCUGGCCCGUUUGGCUCAGAGGUGGCGUCUGGCAUGUUGCUGCUGGUCUCGCAGGGGCUGUUGGGUUGGCCGUCGCCCUUCUGUGAUGAGUGUGGGCUGCUUUGCUUUUGAGGGUGACACAGCCCAAGCACCACACAUCCCGAACUGGGCAUCCACUUGCCUUUCCUGGUUCUCAGUUGGGGAAAACUGCAUUGGGGUGGGAAGCCUCAGGCCCUCCAGAUGUUGUAGGAAUCCCCACAUCCAAUUUACUCCAGCCAACGUUGCAAAUUGCCAUGUAUGGUGGGAGCUGUAGUCCAGCUACAUCUAGAAGGCCAUAGGCUUCCCAACCUUGAGCAAGGCCUAAGCUGUUUCUCUGAACAAGUCUUUGGAAAACCAUCUUACACCCAGCUCAGCACAACUUGCCUGAGGCUUGUAUGCUGCCUCUGAGCUGGGCUGUCUCCAGCACUGGAAUAGAGAGAUGCUUCAGGGAUGUGAUGAUAUGAAGUCACCUCAGGCGUUGGGGUUGGGCUGCUCAACCCCCACAUAGCUAGACUAGCUGAAGAAGACUUGGACCCCUGGAACAAGUUAGCCAUUGCCAAAUGAGAUGCACCGAGUCCCUGCUGCCCCAUCCUCGGUUAAUUUGAUGCUCUUCCUAUUGUUUUCCCAUAUAAGCAGCAGCCAUCAUGUAUGUCAUCUGGUUACUGCAGCUGAGCACCCCAUAUUCUUGUCUCUUUCCCUGUCCCCUCUAGGUAGAUGUUCAUAGCUAAAUCUGUCAGCUGGGUAUUUAUACAUUUGAAGGUUAGAUUUUUGGCUUUCUGGGUUUCUAAGGCUCUUCAUAGUACAGCUCUAAAAAUAAAGGCAUGCUAGAGCUUGGUUAAUGCCCAUACUGCUGGUAUAUAAACCCAAAUGAGGUGCAUAAGUUUGAAAUUACACGUAAUAUCCAGAAUAAAUAUCUGAGUAACCAGCAA